AUGGAGACCGACACGUUGCCAUACGAUGGUGAUGGAGCAGCAUGGGACGUUUGGAAGGUGCCAACCUAUCAAUCUGGUUGCAAGAACCAGACGUUUGAGGUUAGCUCAAAGCAUUCACCCGAGGAUGAUGCUGUUGCACCGACGAUACCAUACGAUACCGUGUGCAACAUGGAUCCGGAGAUGGAAGGUCUAGUUGGUGAUGCCACGCUUGCAUAUGAAGCAGGCGGUCCAGGCGAAAUACCAGAAGUGAGCACUUUUACUAGCAUGCCGCCGCCGGCAUUGUCACCCCCGGCAGCCGUUGCGAUUGAGCACGAGGCACCUACCUUGGCGUAUGGAGACACGCUCGUUUUGCAACCGGAAGAUGAUGCAGAUCAGGCAGCGCCAACGGAACCUUGUCCGGAGGCAGUGCCAGAGGCAGUGCCAGAGGCAGUGCCAGAGGCAGUGCCAGCUCCCGCGGAGAUUGCGGAGCGGCCCAGUUGUGCAUCCAGAUCCUGUGAGUCUCCGCAGCCCCUCGAAGUGGCUGGAACGGGUCGACAGACUGAAUUGGGUGGACGACUGUCCGCAUCGGGUCUUCGACUUCGGCUCUGGCACAAGCAGCCGCCUCCAACAGGAUAUGUCCCUCCGAGGAGAGCAUCUCGAGCAAAACCCAAGGCGCGCUCGUCUGCACCUGCGAAGAGGUCUGCGGCAUCUGUCGCUCCAGCUGAGCCUCACUCUGUCGGCAAGAUGGUAGGUUGCAGAGUCUCCGUGACAGGUGAUGGAUGGGGUGGCGGAACCGGAGGGUACGAGGCCACAGUCGUGGACUCCGAUGACCUUUCCUUGACGGUUAUAUACAGAGACGAUGACAAGAAAUGGAAGGAGACCCACGUUCUGCGCCAACACUGUGAUCUUCUUGAUGCCCCUGAGGCUGAGGACCCCCUGAGAUUGAUAUCGCCAGCCUGA